GUAUAAGAGAAAAACGAAUAAUGUUAGUACGAUGAAGAUAUUCACUGAAAUUUUCGAUGGUCUCAGAGGAGCUAUUAAAAUGUUUGUGGGAAGUGUUUAGCUGUGAAAGUAGAAAAAGAGAUCUGUUGGGAACAAACGUUUGAUUUUCAGAUAUUGGUUGCUGGAAGGAUGAAUGUAUGUUGGAGUCUGAUACCAGUUCUUGUACUAUUUUUGAUCAAGGAAGGCAAAGGUUUGUCAACUGAUCUCGAUGACCUUAGGAAAGAAUUUGGGGCGUGGUUACUAAAGCGUUCCCCCGAGUAUUCAACCUUAAUAGGCGUAUACAAAUACAAUGACCGGGUGGAAGAUUUUUCAUACGCCAAGUUCCUGGAAGAAUUUGAUGAAUGCAAACGCUUUCUACAGUAUUUGAACAAUAUUAAUUACGAUCAACUUACGCCAGAGGAAAAGACAGAUUUCGAUAUCUUCAAAGACAUAUUAACGACGGUUCUUAAGGGAUAUAACUGGAGAGACUACAGUGCGUUGAAUCCGGUCAACAUUCUCGAAACUCCACACACAUUCUUACCCCAUUAUGUAGAAAUAACACCAUUUGACACAGUGGGUGACUAUGAAAACUACCUAAAUCGAAUGGAAGCGUAUCCAAAUGAGAUAGACCAAAUGAUAAUACGAUUUAAUAAAUCAAUCGAAAAUGGACACACAUAUCAUAAAGUUUCUGUAAGUCGUAUUCCAGGAUCUAUUGAUAGCAUUCUUGAAGGUGCAAACAAUACCAACUUCUUUCCCUACAAACCAUUUCUAGACAAAUUGACGAAUCUUAAUACCAUCAAUGAUUCAAGAAAGACAAUACUAAGAAAGAGAGCUGAGACGGCUGUUCAGACUAUCAUCCAGAAAUUUAGAGACUUAAAAAGUUAUCUUGAAAAUGUGUAUUUUCAACAUACAAGAAGUGGUUACGGGGUGCGUAGCUGGGAUAAUGGAGGGGAAUUCUAUAAGGAAUGUCUACGUUGGCACCUUUCUCUGGAUUUGUCACCCGAAGAAGUCCAUAACAUGGGUUUACAGGAAGUGGAGAGAAUUUCUUCGGAAAUGAAAAAGGUCUUGAUGAAAUUUAAUUACCAGGGUUCUGUAAAAGAGUUUUUCGAUGAGCUUAAGAAUAAUUCUGCGUAUUAUUUCCAAACUGCGGAUGAAAUAAUAAAGUGGUACAAGAAUGCACUUAAAAACGAAAUAAAUCCCAAGUUGUCAACUUUAUUCAAGGACAUUCCUGAUUUACCAGUAGAUGUGGAGGCAGAUCCAGCAGGUGGGAUAAGUGGUCAAUACAUACCGGCACCUGAAGAUGGAUCACGUCCCGGAAAGUUUCUUGUCAACGUGAAACACCCAAAUAAAUCACUCACGAUCAACUAUAUGGCUUUACUUAUUCAUGAAGCAAAUCCAGGUCAUCAUUUGCAGAUAAGUAUUGCAUCGACUGCCAAAAUCCCUAGUUAUAGGAAAUACAUGGGUGGACGUUUUUACAACGUUCCUUUUGAGGUCCCUUUUUAUACAGCAUAUAUUGAGGGUUGGGCACUGUAUGCAGAAUUCCUUGGUGAAGAAAUGAACUUAUACAAAACUGACUAUGACCUCAUGGGAAGAUACAGAUCUGAAAUAUUUAGUGCAGCUCGUCUCGUUGUCGAUACGGGCUUACAUUAUUUCAACUGGACAAGAAUUCAGGCACUGCAAUACAUGCUGAACCACACCUCGGCUGAUGAGAACAUGCUUGCAACCGAAAUCGAUCGAUAUAUAACAUGGCCAGGCCAAGCAUGCGCAUACAAAAUUGGGGAGCUCAAAAUAAAAGAAUUACGAACAAAGGCCCAAGAUCAACUAGGAACCAAGUUUGAUAUCAAAGAUUUCCACUCGACAAUUUUGAAAGAUGGCGCCCUUCCUCUGCGUAUCCUAGAAAAGAAUGUCAAUCUGUGGAUCGCCGAAACAAAGAACAAACCAACAGAAACGAAAGAGCAGUGCACUUCCAGUUCCUCUUUUCCUGAUACUAAUUUGAAAUUGUUUCUGAUUAUUUACCUUACUUUAAAGGUAAAAUCAUGGAUUUAAUGCAUAUACUGUCAUAUUUUCAAAAUAUGAUUUUAUCAUAAGAAUUCAUUUCGUUAUUCAUUUUUGUAUAUUUUUGCUGCUAUAGAAUCACACAAAAUUCAUUACAUUAUUUGACUGUGCACAAAUAUCUAAUUAUAUAACAAGUAUUAACGAAAGUUUAUAUGCAAUAUCUUAUUGACAGUGUUAUGAUGUUGCUCAAAUUUGCUUUGUUCUGUAAUAAUAUAGAUAAUCCUUACUUUUGAAAUAUAUUUUGAAAAUUUUACCACAGAAAUUAAAUUUAUAUCCGUAUUUUUCAAGCUAGUACCAAAGUACUAGGUUACUGGGCUGUAGAGACCCUCGGGGGCUAACAGUCCACCAGCAGAGGCCUCGACCCACGGGUCAUAAUGUAAAUCAUAUACGGUAGCAAUUUUGAUGCACCAGAUGCGCAUUUCGACAAAUUAUGUCUCUUCAGUGAUGCUCAAGCCGAAACGUUGGAAAUCCAAAAUAUUUAGAUUAAAAAGAAGAAAAAAAAGUCUCGGCCGCGACUGACCUAAGUCGAUAAAAAUAGGUAGCAACUGUUCCUUCGCCAGGCGCUCAUCACUAAUUGAAAGUUGCGGGUACUUCGUAUGAGACCUUAAAAACCGAGGCCCCGUGUCACAGCAGGUGUUGGCACGAUAAAAAUCCCUCAUUGCUCAAUGGCCCUGAGUGCCAAGUAAAGGUCACGUUUUGAAGCCCUUCAUCGAUAUAUGGUGACGUCUCUAUAUGAGUGAAAAAUUCUCGAAUGGGACGUAAAACAACAUGCAAUCAAUCAAUCUUUCAUUGGAUAUGAAGAUAUCAGCAUGGAAACAUUUUAGCGAGUUCUUUUUGCAUAAUUACAAAUGUAUCAAUAUGAAGGUUAUCGCUCUGUAUCAUAGAUAGCACCGGGGAUUGAACCCGGUACCUUCCGAUUACGAAGCGACUGCCCUACUACUAGACCUACCGUGUCCGGUAAUAUUAUUUUAAAGACGAAUAUAAUACAUUUAUUGACUGGGUUCGAGGGCAACAUGCGUUUUGUUGUACCCAAGAACCAAACUGAGAAUACAGUCAAUAAAUGUUUUGUUAUACGUUUUAUUUAUUUUAUUUUUUGACAUACAUGUAUCUUGUGCUGGCUUCUAUGUAGUAAAUUUCCUUUACCUGCACUAAAACUCGGUCAAUUCUGUCACUGUCGAACACCAACGAAUGCAAAUAAGAUUUAGCUGAUCCCGCCCACAGUGUGACGUAAGCGGUCUAAUAUCUCAUUGACAUGCCCAAUAUCUCACUCUGCGGUCAAACAUGGAAUUUUUAUGACCGCUCAGUAAAACAUUGAAAAUAGUAUCUAUUUAUAUAGAAAUUUUUAAAGACGUAUCAAUCUAUAUUGCAGUAGGGUAACUUCUGCAAGCGAAAACAGCGUUAGCUUUAGUGUCAAUUGUUAAAAAUGUCGGACUUUGUUCCUACUCUCUUGUUCUUAUAUAAGCUAUGUAUGUUUUGUAUGGCAAGAAUUUCUUCCUCACAGUGUCCUAGUAAUAUUGGAAAGGUUGAAAUUAAGGACGUUUUUCCUGUACUAGAUACUACUGAGCAUUGUUUUAUAUUGUAAAAUAUUUAUUGCCUUGUGUUGCUAUUUGAAUGUUUCUCGAUCUUCCCUGUAAAUAAAAGUUGUUUUUUUUUAA